AGCGCAGAGCUGAUCUCCGUCUCCGCCCCCAGCUGCUUUCUCCGAGAGGAGGUGGCGGAGUUGGGGGCGGGCUGGGAGGGCUGUCGGUGGACCACGUGCCCGUCUGAGUAGCGACGUCCCGCCCCCUGCGCACAGACGCCGGGAAGAAGGGGGUGGGGCCACGUUUGCGACCGCGCCAUCAGGCCGGAGGUAACCGCGAGGUCCGCUUGCAGUGUAUGGUUUUCCCUGCCAAACGGUUCUGCUUGGUGCCAUCCAUGGAGGGCGUGCGCUGGGCCUUUUCCUGCGGCACUUGGCUGCCUAGCCGAGCCGAAUGGCUGCUGGCAGUGCGAUCGAUUCAGCCCGAGGAGAAGGAGCGCAUUGGCCAGUUCGUCUUUGCCCGGGACGCUAAGGCAGCCAUGGCUGGUCGUCUGAUGAUAAGGAAAUUAGUUGCAGAGAAAUUGAAUAUCCCUUGGAAUCAUAUUCGUUUGCAAAGAACUGCAAAAGGAAAGCCAGUUCUUGCAAAGGACUCAUCGAAUCCUUACCCGAAUUUCAACUUUAACAUCUCUCAUCAAGGGGACUAUGCGGUGCUUGCUGCUGAACCUGAGCUGCAAGUUGGGAUUGAUAUAAUGAAGACUAGUUUUCCAGGUCGUGGUUCAAUUCCAGAAUUCUUUCAUAUUAUGAAACGAAAGUUUACCAACAAAGAAUGGGAAACAAUCAGAAGCUUUAAGGAUGAAUGGACUCAGCUGGAUAUGUUUUAUAGGAAUUGGGCACUUAAAGAAAGCUUCAUAAAAGCCAUUGGUGUUGGACUAGGAUUUGAAUUGCAGCGGCUUGAAUUUGAUCUAUCUCCAUUAAACUUGGAUAUAGGCCAAGUUUAUAAAGAAACACGUUUGUUCCUGGAUGGAGAGGAAGAAAAAGAAUGGACAUUUGAGGAAAGCAAAAUAGAUGAGCACCAUUUUGUUGCAGUAGCUCUUAGGAAACCCAAUGGAUCUAGACAUCAGGAUGUUCCAUCUCAGGAUGAUUCCAAACCAACCCAGAGGCAAUUUACUAUUCUCAACUUUAAUGAUUUAAUAUCAUCUGCUGUUCCCAUGACACCUGAAGAUCCUUCAUUUUGGGACUGUUUUUGCUUCACAGAAGAAAUUCCAAUACGAAAUGGUACAAAGUCAUGAUGAUUCCCUGAGUAACAAAGGGAAAUGAAAACUGUAAUCUUCCGUAUUCGCUGAAAAAUGAAUGCUUGUUUAGUAUCAAAUUUUAUUUCACAAAAGUUUUUUUUAAAGAACAGAAACUUUUCCAAUUAAAGAGAAAAAAAGCAGACUUCCAGUUCAAGAUAGCUCACUGGAAUACAUGUUUACCUCUUUCUCUCCUAAAUUGCAUUGAAUUGAUAGGAAGGAUGGUGGAAUCUUAAAGUGAUACAUGCUAACUGUAGAAAAAGAUAGAAAAUGCACAUAAGCAAAAGGAAACAUUUAAAUGCUAUCAUUCAAAGAUAACUACCCUUAAAACCUUGAGUAUCUUCUCCGACCUUUUUCUUGGCAAAUGAAUCCAUAUUAACAUUAUUUGAUUUUUAAAAACAUGGGAACAUACUGUUUUGUAAAUUUUUUUUUAACUGCGCAUCUACUGUUCAUAAAUAUACAUCUAACAUAACUUUUUGUGAUUCUAACAUACUCUGUUGUAUAGCUAAUACAAGUUAGGAUGCUUUUGACCAGAGGUAACAGUGUCCAAAUGUAAUUGGCCUAAGUAACCUAGGACAUUGUUUAACAUAACACAGGGUUCAGGGGUGUCAUUAAAGACACGCUUUUUUUUGCCUUGACCUCAGUUGGUUUGUUUUGCCUUAGGCUAAUCCACCUCUCAAUCACAAGAGCUGCUGCUAUUACUUCAGUUUUACAUCUUUGUAAAAUUGUAUCUCAAAGAUAGAAAAGGCCAUUUCUUCUCUCAUUUGUUUUAUCCAUGAAGAAGGCUUUUAACAAAAGCCUCCAGAAGAUUUCCCCUCAGUUUCCAUUGACUUAGAUCAGAUUACAGAGAAAGGCAAUGUCUGACAUUUUUAGUCUGUUAGAAGUGGACUCUGUUGAAAAGAAAGAAGCUAAGCUAGGUGUGGAGAAUGGAAUUGGAGGCCCACUGCCUUCCCAUAAGAAAAGUUUGCCAUAAUUUACUCAUUUUUUUCUGUUAGACAUUUUGAUUAUCUGCAGUUUAUUACUACAAGCAGUGGCAGAGUGAAUGUCCUUGUACAUUUUGAGGUACAUGCUUAAUUAUGUCCUUGAGAAAGUUUCUAAAAGUGGAAUGAUCGAUUUGACUGGUUCACAGGGCUUUAAUUGUAUGAUUUAUCCCUCUAAUAAGUACUAUAUGUGUGUGACCUCCCUCCCCCGCCAGAAUACUCCUUGGUCAAUUGUAGGUAUUCUUUUUUAUUUAAUUUUUGCCAAUAUAAAAAGUGGUAUGUCACUUUUAAAAUUUGUGUUUCUUUCAUUACAAAUAAGGUUGAUAUGUGAGUGUUGUUAUUGGCUUUUCGUAUUCCUCUUAACGUGAACCGUCUGUUCGUUGUCUUUACCUAUUUUUGUUUUUAGCAAGUAGUACUUAAUUUAAAGUGUGAACAUAAUAUAUAAGAUGCCAAGACCAUCAUAUUGAUGACAAAAAUAUAUUAUGUGGUUGUAGUGCAUGUCUUGGAGUUAAACUCUUAAGUAUCAAGAAGUAAAAUAAUUUCAUUGUUUCUGUUACUAACAUUAAAAGUGUGCAAAUUGUAUAAAAUUAGGUACUCUGAUUAGUAAAAAAAAAAAAAAUUGAAUGUUUUGUAUAUUUUUUUUUAUUUUAUUAAGCAUGCCCAGUUAUGCCAAGCAUAGUAAAAAUAAAGGUCAAGUAGCAUUUAUAAUAGAAGUACUGUUACCCCUAGCAUGAGUGUAAUGGUGAUAUGAAAAACUUUGUCUUGUCAUUAAAAUAAUAAAAAAAUGAACAUUUAUUAUGGAAUUUC